GCUGGCAGCCCGCGAUGACUGCGCCGAUGCCGCCGCCCGGCGCGCCGCUGCCGGCCUUCGCGCGGGCGCUGGCCGACAUCCUCGUCGCGCUCUCCGGCGCCCGCGCCCUCCCCAAGGGGCAGCAGCUCCACGGCCACCUCCUUAAGGCCGGCCACCUCCCCGCCACCGCUUCCACCCACACGCUGUUCGGGCACCACCUCAUCACCUUGUACGCGCGCUGCGCGCUCCCGGACCUCUCCCACCGCGCCUUCCUCGACCUCCCCUCGCGGCCCUCCCCAGCGGCGUGGUCAUCCCUCAUCUCCUCCUUCUCCCAGAACGGCCUCCCCGCGUCCGCCUUCGACGCGUUCCGCCGCAUGCUCGCGGCGGGCGUCCCCGCCACCGACCGCAACAUCCCCUCGGCCGCGAAGGCCAUCGCCGCCGCCAAGACCUCGUCGCGCCCGACGCUUGCCCCUCACGCGCUCCACGGUCUCGCCGCCAAGACGCCAUUCGCAGGCGACGUGUUUGUUGGAUCGGCGGUUAUCGAUAUGUAUGCAAAGUGCGGGCAUCUUGCAGACGCCCGCCGGCUAUUCGAUGAAAUGCCGGAGCGGAAUGUUGUCUCUUGGUCCGCACUCAUAUGUGGGUAUGCUGAUGCUGGGAUGCACCCUGAAGCAUUGGGAAUCUUCCGCUUGGCACUUGAGGAGGCUGUUGUGGUGAAUGACUUCACAGUUUCGUCCAUCAUCCGUGUAUGUGCUGCAGCAACACUCUUUGAGCUUGGAGCCCAGGUGCAUGCCAGGGCUAUAAAGACAUGGCUUGAUGUGUCACCCUUUGUGGGUAGCUCGCUCGUUUCGCUUUACUCAAAGUGUGGGCUCGUGGAGUGUGCUUACCGGGUGUUUAGUGAAGUGCCUGAGAAGAACCUUGGAAUUUGGAAUGCAGUGCUAAUUGCAUCUGCUCAGCAUGGGCAUACAUCAGCCGCAUUUGAGAGGUUUAUGGAGAUGCAGAGCGCUGGGUUCCAGCCCAACCACAUUACCUUCCUGUGCUUGCUCACUGCUUGUAGCCAUGCUGGUUUUGUUGAUGAAGGGAAGAGAUAUUUCACCCUUAUGAAAGAGUACGGCAUUGAACCGCAGUCUGAACACUAUGCGGCAAUGGUUGACCUACUUGGUCGUGUAGGACGUAUAAAAGAAGCAUUUGACCUUAUUGAUUCCAUGCCUAUGGAGCCACCUGAGUCUGUUUGGGGUGCACUCCUUAUGGCAUGCCGUAUGUACAAGGAUGCUGAUACUGCAGCAAUUGCAGCACAGAGGCUGUUCCAAACUGGGUCUCGCAGCUCUGGUGCACAUAUGCUCUUGUCAAGUACAUACGCAGCUGCAGGAAGGCAUGCUGAUGCAGCACUUGCUAGGAAAGCUAUGCGUGAUGCAGGUAUACAGAAAGAAACUGGACUUAGCUGGCUGGAGGCUGCAGGGAAGGUGCAUACCUUUGUGUCGAACUGCAGGAGACACCAAAGAAGUGAGGAAAUUUACCGGGUGCUUGAGAAAGUUAGUGAGAAGAUGGAGGCAGCUGGUUAUGUGGCAGAUACUAGUGCAGUGGUUAAGGAUGUGGAUGGGGAUGAGAAGAAAGCAACAGUGAGGUAUCACAGCGAAAGACUAGCAAUUGGGUUAGGUCUUUUAAUUGUUCCAGAAGGUGUGCCAAUCCGAGUUAUGAAGAAUCUGCGUGUGUGUGAUGAUUGCCACAAUGCAAUUAAGUAUCUAACUAAGCCCUGUUUAGAUCUUUACAGGCUUAAGGAAUGUGUCUUAUUAUGUUUGAAAUUGUAUUUGACAAAUUUCUCGGCAAUGACCCCCGGCGGCGACAUGGCCGGGCGGUGGAGGGAGCUGCACGGCAGCGGGCACUGGGAGGGCCUGCUGGAGCCGCUGGACGUCGGCCUCCGGCGCCGCCUCAUCGCCUACGGCGAGAUGAUCAUGGCCACGUACGAGGCGUUCAUCGGCGAGGGGCGGUCCCCGAACGCCGGGAUGUGCCGGUACCGCCGCGCCGACCUGUUCCGGCGCGUGGACGUGUCCCACCCGGGGUGGUACGCGGCCACGCGGUACGUCUACGCCACGGCCAGCGCCGAGGUGCGCGGCAAGGUGCUGCUCCGCCCGCUCUGCCGCCGGGGCCGCGCCAGGGAGUGCAACUGGAUGGGGUACGUGGCCGUGGCCACGGACGAGGGCGCCGCCGCGCUCGGCCGCAGGGACAUCGUCGUGGCGUGGCGCGGCACGCAGCGCGCGCUCGAGUGGGUGGCCGACCUCAAGCUCGCGCUCGCCUCCGCGGCGGGGAUCCUCGGGCCCGAGGGCGCCGAUGGAUCCGACCCGUCGGUGCACCGCGGGUACCUGUCGCUGUACAUGUCGGCGGACGAGGGCUCCAAUCUGAGCAAACAGAGCGCCAGGAUGCAGGUGUUAACAGAGAUCGCAAGGCUGAUGGACAGAUACAAGGACGAGGAGACGAGCAUCACCGUCGUCGGCCACAGCCUGGGCGCGACCCUGGCCACGCUCAACGCCGCCGACAUCGUCGCCAACGCCUACAACAAGUCCCCGGGCUUCGACGGCAGCCGCCGCGCCCCGGUCACCGCCGUGGUGUUCGGCAGCCCGCGCACGGGGGACCGCGACUUCCGGGACGUCUUCCACCGCCUCCCUGACCUCCGGAUGCUCCGCGUCCGGAACAAGCCCGACCGCAUCCCGCACUACCCGCCCGUGGGCUACGCCGACGUGGGCGUGGAGCUGCUCAUCGACACGCGCCGGUCGCCGUUCCUCAAGCCCCACGGCAACGAGUCGCAGUCGCACGACCUCGAGGUGCACCUGCACGGCAUCGCCGGGUGGCAGGGCGAACGCGGCGGCUUCGAGCUGGUGGUGGACCGGGACGUCGCGCUGGUGAACAAGUUCGACGACUGCCUCGCCGACGAGUACCCCGUGCCCGUGGGCUGGAAGGUGCACCACAACAAGAACAUGGUGAAGGGGCCCGACGGAAGGUGGGUCUUGGAGGACCAUGAGCCUGACUACGACGACGAGGAGGAGGAUGACAACAUCAACCUGUAGAAACAAAAAUGAUUUGGACGUCGUCCAGACCCGCCACGCCAUGCCAGCGAAUUGUGUUUUGGGUUGCUGCGCAUCUUGCCCUGAUGUUUUCAACAUAUAUAUAAAGGCCUCGAAAAUGCUUUUUUGCAUACUGUUAUGGUAAAUAAACAUAGUGUUCACAUUCAUUUGGCAGUUCAGUUUUGGGAUCUGUGCUGCAUUUGUGAUCAGAUUGGUAAGACCAUAGCUGAGGUUUGGGAUGGCCGAGAGGUGAAGUUAACUUUUGGAAGAACUUUUAGCCCCAGAAUGAUGGAAAGAUGGUUUGAAUUAUCUGAAGUAGUUGUUGUAGAGUAAAAGUGAGGAGAGAAUGAAAUGAAGUGAAUCCUUGUGUUCCCAUUGAUUGAUU